UCCGCUACCUGCUCAAAGAGGAACAUGCAGAGGUGCGCUCCUGUGCAAAUUGAAACGAGGCCACAGCUGGUUCCAAAUCCUGGCAGCCCACUCUCACUCGAAACUUGGUGCAUGGCUGACUUAGAAAGCUGGCUCUGUGACAACACAACCCUUCUCAGGAACUACGUACCCCCUCCGCAACACAAUCAGAUCAUGGAUCUCAAGAUGGCUCCUCCAGCCUUCCAUAAUUCAGUCCAUGUGUCCAUUCCGUCCCCAUCAUCGGGGGUCCCAGCAGCAGCCGAGAGCCCUACUUUAUACGACAGCCCACCAGGCAAAGGAUUCGUGGGGCCCCCGUCCUACAUCCAGGUAAAGCAAGAAGUGGAUGACUCGGUUGUUUCGGAGUACCCUAUGAAUCGCAUGGGUCCCAUGAAUGGCCAGACGACUAUUGGAUCCAUGGUCAGUGUAAAGAGAGAAGAGGAAGACGAUGGAUUUUCAAGUGAGAAAAUGGAACAGUUGAGGAAUCUGGCGGUGGAACAAGCAGCAAAAGAUAUCCAUGUAGCUUGUGGCGUCCUGGGAAUAUGUCCUGAAUACUCUAACGUAGAAGAGGCAUGA